CAGCAGAAGUUGAAGUUCUAUAUCCGGCGAUGCUUCGACUAUUCAAGAACGGGAAAGCUACCGGCGACAACCUAAUCACCAGAAUCAAGCUUCGUACCAGGGGCAAACACACGGCGGUUUUGAGCUUUGGCGAUGGAAGUCAAGGCGCUUUAGGCUUGCCGAUUUCCGUCGUGGGCAUGUCCGGUGACGCCUACGAGCCUACUCCCGUUCCAGGACUUCCUCUAGAUGUUUCCUCUAUCUCCGCCGGCCACUAUCACUCUCUUGCCGUCACUUCUCAUGGGGAGAUUUGGGCUUGGGGUCGAAACAAUGAAGCUCAGCUUGGUCGCGGUCUUCAUGCUUCCAGAGAAACAUGGAAUGAAGCAAAGAGAGUAGAAGGGAUGAAAGUAAGUGCAAAAGCUGCUUUUGCAUCAGGAGUUGUAUCUGCAUCCAUUGGAGAGGAUGGUUCUUUAUGGGUUUGGGGAAAGUCUAAACGUGGGCAAUUAGGUCUUGGACGAGGCAUAACCGAAGCUAUUUCACCCUCACAUGUCAAAUCACUUUCUGGGGAAGAGAUAGUUAAGGUUUCGUUCGGUUGGGGCCAUGCUCUGGCUCUAACUAAGGAUGGGAAACUGUUUGGUUGGGGAUAUUCAGCAGAUGGUAGAUUAGGACAGCUUGGAGGAACUGUUGAAGCUUCAUUUCUUGAAUCAAGUGUUUCUAUGUCGAAAACAGCUAAUAAGAUUUCAUGUUCGACGAGUGAAGCUGCUGAAAUUUUUUUGCUGGAAGCGAUAGAGAAGGAGAAAGACAUGCCAAUUAUCUGGGAACCUUGUUUAAUCAAAGAACUUGAAGAUGUUAAUGUUGUUGACAUAGCUUGUGGACAUGAUCAUUCCUUGGUCCUUUGCAGUAAUGGGACCUUAUUAAGUGGUGGGAGCAAUGUAUAUGGCCAACUCGGUAGGACGAACCAAGAAUUGGAUUUACUUCGAGUCGACACGGGAUUGCAUACUAUAAGCUUAGUAGCAUCAGGCCUCGGCCACUCCCUCGCAAUUUGUCCUUCGAAAAAUAUUUUGUCGUGGGGAUGGAACCAAAAUUCCCAACUUGGGAGGAAAGGUCCUGAAAACAUGCCAUUGUUGGUCCAAGGUUGUCUAGAGCAGGAAAUAGUUAAUUCUUUGUCUGGUGGUCGUGCACAUUCGAUAGCUAUCACGUCAAAAGGAGAGAUAUGGAGUUGGGGCAGUGGUCGAAAUGGCCGUCUAGGGCUAGGCAGCUCUAUUGAUGAAAAGGAACCAAUGUUGAUAGAAUGUCUUGAAGGGUCUGAAGUUUUACAAGCUGUUUGUGGCCUUGAUCAUAGCCUUGCCUUGGUUAGUUAUUGAUAUAGAUGAUUUUGUGAACAUUUUUGUUCUUUAUAGGAAAAAUAAGACUAGUGAUGUUAAUUAUUGAGUUAUUUAAUGAUUCAUGUCAAACAUUGUUGGUA